GUCAAGCCAGGCAUAACCUCUAAAUUUCAAUAAACCCAAUAAAAAAUAAUGAGAUACAUGUAAAAUACACAUAAAUACAAUUAUUUACGUAGUUCUAUUGCCACCUAAGAUGGGUGCUUUAGCAACUAAGGCCCUCAGGCCUGUCAAAACGUUUAACAUUGAGAACCGUGCCCACAAACUUAUAUCAAAAGAAAAACCUACUCCUGCACCAAGUUACCCAUCAACACUCGAAGAGCUAAAGAGAGUGCGUGAAGUAGAUCCGAAUAUUGAUGAGAAGCUAGAUAAAAAGGACCCCGGACUCGAUCUUAGGCUAAAAAAUGUUUAUGUAACUUCAUUCGGUCGCCCAGAAGACGACGUUACUAAAGAAAUUAAAAACAAAAGUACUGACCGACCACUACCUCAAGAUCGAAAGUUAAUAGACGACUUUGACUUUGGGUUAAAAGAGCCAGACAAGAUUCCACACGGUCGCACCACUCUUAGACUAGUACUUGAGUAUCUUGCAUCUCACCAAGUGAAUCCAGAGGAGGUGACGGCGGCAAAAAUUGCAUUCGAGUACAAAAUGAGAGAAAACGAUGUUGAAACUAUACUCAAGUAUUUUAAAACAUAUGAAAUAUAUGUCCCUCCUACUAAAAACACCCCAGCACAAUUUGCUGGACCGAGUAAAGUAAGAAAACAAUUGUAUGACACAACAAGAAAACAACUCGGAGAUACAGAUAAUUCAAAAGAGAAUGAGAAGCCUACAACAAAAACUACAUCAACAACAUAGAGAUCUCUUAGUAUUUUCACCAAAUUAUAAGUCCUAAUUACAAUAAUUUUACUCUUUAGAUUUCAAUAAGGAGUGGUUAACAGGAAACGAUAGAAUGUAAUACAUAUUUAUCUUGGGUGAAGGUGUUCCCACAUUGUUAUGGAAUUCACAUAUUGUAUUAAUUAAAAAGCAGUUUAUGUUUAAAGUAUAACAGUAAAGAACUGUGAUAAUAUUUUCUUUAGCUUAAAUGUAGAGACUUGAGAUGCAACAUUAUGAUUUGGUGAUGUAAUUGUUUUAAUGAUGUUUAAAUAGAUAUUAGUAAAGAAGUUAUUUGUUUA